CGCGGCUCGUAAAAGAGCCAGACAUGUAACUGAAUGCAGGAGGAGAAAAUUCGGAUGAUUGUGGGACAUUGUUAAUUGAAGUACUGAAUCCAGUGUUGAAGAGUACCAGCUUAGGUUGCAGCCAUGUUGGAAGAGGACAUGGAGGUGGCCAUCAAGGUGGUCGUCGUGGGCAAUGGCGCUGUGGGGAAGUCUAGCAUGAUUCAACGUUACUGUAAGGGCAUUUUCACUAAGGACUACAAAAAGACCAUCGGCGUUGACUUCCUGGAGAGGCAAAUAUUAGUGAAUGAUGAAGAGGUGAGAUUAAUGCUGUGGGAUACUGCAGGACAGGAGGAAUUUGAUGCUAUCACCAAGGCCUACUACAGAGGUGCCCAGGCGUGCGUGCUCGUGUUCUCCACCACAGACAGGGAGUCAUUUGAGGCAAUCAGCAGCUGGAGGGAGAAGGUGGAAAUGGAGGUCGGAGACAUCCCUACAGUUCUGGUGCAGAAUAAAAUUGACCUGCUGGAUGACACUGUAAUAAAAAACGAGGAGGCUGAAGGAUUGGCAAAGAAGCUUAAGUUAAGGUUUUACAGGACCUCAGUGAAGGAGGAUCUCAAUGUUAAUGAAGUUUUCAAAUAUCUAGCGGAAAAAUAUCUACAACGACUCAAGCAACAAUCCGCUGAGGAGCCAGAGGUUGUUCAUACAACAAGCAAUAAAAUAGGCGUUUUCAACACCACAAGCAGCAGUCACUCAAACCAGAACUCCAGCGACCUCAACGGCCGUGAAGUCAUCAACCUACGACCAAACAAGCAAAGGACCAAGAAGAGUAAAAACCCCUUUGGUAGCUGUAGACUUGUUUAG